ACUGAUGCAGCCACCCAAAGAUGCUUUACCUAAUUACAUAUAUCCCUAGCCAAUUAACUUAACCACAAACGUCAGUGUUUUGAAGCAGGCUCUGAAUAAAACUGUAAGAGAAAAGAGUAUUCAGAGAAACUCUAAACCGGCCAAUCAUCAUCUCUAACUCUGAUUUUUUCCUUUUAUUUUUCACCUUUGCCUACAAGAUAAUUAAAUGAAUACAUUUAAGACCCUCUGACUCACACUAAGAGUCUGGUACUUGGUGCUGUAUCGGAAGCGGUGUUGUGUUCUCGUUCCUUUGGUAGAAAGAAUCAAUCUAAAUGUUGUUGAGGCAUGGCGUCAUCUCCGCCUUUGAACAGUUGACUUCUCAUUCACUCUCUUCUUCAACUGUGAUCAGAAGACAACAGUUCUUGGUACGAACUCUUUGUGCCUCAAGAACCCAUCUCCCAAAUCUCAUCAGAGCAAUGAGUUCCACAUCGGAAGCCGACGCCGAGAGUGUUCUUAGAACCGUCACACCAUCGCUCGACCCUAAACGACACAAAGGCCAAGCUG